ACCACCACCACCUGUCAGAAUGGGAAUUGCCAGAGACUCUAGACACAAGCGUUCUGCUACUGGUGCCAAGCGUGCUCAGUACCGCAAGAAGAGAAAAUUCGAGUUGGGCCGUCAAGCCGCUAACACUCGUAUUGGACCUAAGCGCAUCCAUGAGGUUCGUGUUCGUGGCGGUAACAAGAAGUUCCGUGCCCUCCGUCUGGACUCUGGUAACUUCUCUUGGGGCUCCGAGGGUGUCUCUAAGAAGACUCGUGUCAUCCAAGUCAGCUACCACCCUUCCAACAACGAAUUGGUCCGUACCAACACUUUGACCAAGUCCGCUGUUGUCCAAAUUGAUGCUGCUCCCUUCCGUGUGUGGUACGAGACUCACUACGGCAUCGUCAUGGGCUCCAAGGGUAAGAAGCCUACUGCCACCCCUACCCCCAAGUCCAAGCAUGUUCAACGCAAGAUUGCUGAGCGUGCUGGUGCCUCCAAGAUUGACUCUGCUUUGGAGUCCCAAUUUGCCGCUGGCCGCCUCUACGCUGUCAUCUCUUCCCGUCCUGGCCAAUCUGGUCGCUGUGAUGGCUACAUUCUUGAGGGUGAAGAGUUGGCUUUCUACCUUCGUCGUAUGUCUGCCAAGAAGUAAAUGUCUCUUUAGCCUGAAUACAAAAAACCGCCUCUAAGGA